AUGGCCACAAAAGCGGCAUUCAAACGACUCACCCGUGAAUACCAAAACAUCCAAAAGGAUCCUACUCCCUUUAUUGUCACGCAUCCUUCUGAGACAAACAUCCUAGAAUGGCACUACAUCCUCACUGGACCCCCGGGCACACCUUAUGAAAGUGGACAGUACUGGGGUACACUGAUCUUCCCCCCAGAGUACCCCUUUGCCCCUCCUGCCAUCCGUAUGCACACCCCCAGUGGUCGAUUCCAGCCCUCGACACGACUUUGUCUCAGCAUCAGUGACUUCCACCCGAAAUCUUUCAACCCCGCCUGGGAAGUUUCCACAAUCUUGAUCGGCCUGCUUUCAUUCAUGACCAGUGAAGAGAUGACCACAGGAAGUGUCAGUGCCACCGAGAGUGAACGCCGAGUGCUUGCUGCGCGAUCUCGAUGGUGGAACUCCACCGGGGGAGGUUCUCAUGUGAGCGCCACCGCAGGAGUCACGCGAACGGCCAAGGGGAUCAACAAUGUGAAGGCCGGGGAUGGAGGCCUCAAGUUCCGCACCGAAUGGCCUGAGCUGGACCAAGAGAACUGGGAGUGGAUGAAGGAACACCGCAUCGACUCCGCCACCGGCCAGAUCUUGCCCGACCCCAAUGCGCCCACCAAGUGCUCCCCGGAGACGAAUGCUUUGCGGCGACGACCUGUCGGCAGUGCGCCUGGACUCGGCGCGGUCAUGGAUGGGCAGGUUGCGCGGGAGGCGGGUUGGGCCGGACGAAACAAAGUGUGGAUUGGGGUUGCUCUCUUCUUUGGUUAUGCGCUGCUCUCACGACUUUUGAACGAUGUAUGGGCCUGA